GAUAAGGUUGACCUCACUGCUUUCUUUUUCCAGCUUAAAUUCCCUACCAGGCCAAAGGUAAGGGUUCCUACCAUUCCCAUCACAAAGCCUCACACCAUGAAGCCCGCUCCGCGCUUAACGCCUGUGAGGCCUGCUGCUGCCUCCCCCAUUGUGUCUGGAGCCAGGCGGAGAAGAGUACGCUGCAGGAAAUGCAAAGCGUGUGUUCAAGGAGAAUGUGGUGUCUGCCACUAUUGCAGGGACAUGAAGAAGUUUGGUGGGCCUGGACGCAUGAAGCAAUCCUGUGUCCUCAGACAGUGCUUAGCACCCAGACUGCCUCAUUCAGUUACGUGUUCCCUCUGUGGAGAAGUGGAUCAGAAUGAAGAGACACAAGACUUUGAAAAGAAGCUCAUGGAAUGCUGCAUUUGCAAUGAGAUAGUUCAUCCAGGCUGCCUCCAGGUAAAGAGAUGCUUAAAGGCCCUUGACAGAAGGGUGGAUGGAACACCUGUCAGUGAGGCUGUUACCAUCUCUACUGUAGACUUUCAGCUCCCUGGUUACAGGGAGCCAUUUAACAUUAGCUCAUUGUUCAUAUGUCUACUUUGAUUUAGGCUGUGUGAUAGUUCUUCAGGAUAGAAAAAUAUACAACAUAGACCAGUUCACAUUCCAGUGAACAGUGAGGCCUCUAAGUCUCCAGGCCAUUGUCAUAAAACUUGUAGACUUGUUUAAGGAUGCUUCAAGCUCCCAGACAUCUCUGCUGUGUCCCUUAUAUCUCUGGAUAUGAGCUCCUAUUGUAGCUCAUUGCGGCUGAGAUUUAGAACUCAACCUCAAAGGUGGAGUUAUGUGAUCUACCUUAAAUUUUACAUUCCCAGAAUGCCCCAGG